AUGGAUCGCAUGGAGCUGCAAAAAGUCAACAUCGAACUUGAUGAGCAGAGCAACAGUGGGGAAAGCCUUGAAGACAACUACACAGAGCUGGUUGAUUCAGAAAAGGCUGCUAUUAGGAGUCCAUUUGCUAGUGAUGAUGCAGAAAGUCAGAAGUUCCUUACAAAUGGAUAUCUGGGUAAAAAGAAACUGGAAGAAUAUAGUGAAGAAUAUCACCGGGGCAGAGUUUCCUUUGGAAUGUCCUCGUUCAACCUCAGCAAUGCCAUUAUGGGCAGUGGCAUCUUGGGCCUCUCCUAUGCAAUGGCAAAUACAGGAAUUAUCUUUUUUGUAGUCUUGCUGCUCAGCGUAGCAAUACUGUCGCUCUACUCGGUCCACCUCUUGCUGAAGAUAUCGAAAGAAGGAGGAUCCCUGAUAUAUGAAAAACUGGGAGAAAAGGCAUUUGGAUGGCCUGGGAAGUGUGGUGUUUUCAUUUCAGUUACAAUGCAGAACAUUGGAGCAAUGUCAAGCUACCUCUUUAUUAUUAAAUAUGAACUUCCUGAAGUGAUCAGAGCAUUUAUGAAACUUGAGGAGAGCUCUGGAGAAUGGUACCUAGAUGGAAACUACCUCGUCAUACUCGUAACUGUUGCAAUUAUUCUUCCCCUUUCCCUUCUAAAGACCCUAGGUUAUCUUGGUUAUACGAGCGGAUUUUCGCUGACCUGUAUGGUUUUCUUCGUCAGUGUGGUAAUCUUCAAGAAAUCCCAAAUACCCUGUCCCCUCCCCAUCAUGGAACAUGGGGUUGAAAACUGGACCGCCACCAACAACACAGUGCCGAUGCACCUGGUCAUGUUACCAAAUGAUUCUCUCAGUUCUGGAGUGAACUUCAUGAUGGACAACACAGCUGGGCACUUGCCAGGCCUGGAGGAGCCAAAAGAUACCUCUUCCAAAAGUGGUGUAGAGUAUGAAGCACACAGUGACAGUAGUGACCUGUGUCAGCCAAAAUACUUUGUGUUUAACUCACGGACUGCCUAUGCAAUACCCAUCCUGGCAUUUGCAUUCGUAUGCCACCCUGAGGUGCUACCCAUAUACAGUGAACUGAAAGAUCGCUCCCGAAAGCGGAUGCAGAAUGUCUCAAAUAUCUCCAUCACUGGUAUGCUUAUCAUGUACCUUCUGGCUGCCCUCUUUGGAUACCUUACCUUUUACGGAGAAGUUGAAGAUGAGCUACUCCAUACCUACACCAAAGUGUACACCUUCGACACCCUCUUGCUGUCAGUUCGCCUGGCAGUGCUGGUGGCUGUAACCCUGACUGUGCCCCUUGUCCUUUUCCCCAUCCGUUCAUCUAUCAGUGCGUUGCUGUUUCCCAAAAGGCCAUUCAGCUGGAUAAGACAUUUCCUGAUUGCAGCAGUAAUUCUUGCUUUUAAUAACCUGCUUGUAAUUUUUGUCCCAACUAUUAAAGACAUCUUCGGAUUUAUUGGUGCCUCUUCUGCUACAAUGCUGAUUUUCAUCCUCCCUUCUGCCUUCUACCUGCGAAUUGUUGAAAAGGAGCCCCUGAGGUCUCCCCAGAAGAUUGGGGCUCUAAUUUUUCUCAUACUUGGCAUAAUCUUCAUGUUUGUGAGUAUGACUCUUAUUGUAAUGGACUGGAUUUACAAUUCCCCAAGUUCAAGACAUCACUAA